AUGGGCCAUGUACGGGAUAGGCGUACUGUUGACCUUUGCUCGAAUAUGUUGAUCUUGGUCAUGUUCACGUUCUUCACAUGGUCGCUGAACGAAGUCUCCUUGAACGGGAGCAACUUCAUGUCCCACAAGGACGCCGUAGCCCUCGACGAUGAAGGCGUCAGACGAGCGAUCUGGGGCAGCAAGUGUACCUUGAUCCUCGAGAUGUUCACUCUGGUGAUCCUCUGGGGCGUCAAAGGCUGCCUCUGCCUUAUGUACUAUCGAUUGACACAGAAGCUGGGCAAGCUUCAUAUUGCCGUCAAGUUCAUCGCCGGCUACUGCGUGGUUGCAUAUAUUCUGGUCAACGUACUUUAUCUGGGAUACUGGUGCCAGCCGAUCUCCGGGUACUGGGCGGUACCCGUUGUACAUCGCCAAUGCGCGUCGUACUACCACCACAUGAUCUUCGCAACAGCUUGGAAUAUCUCCGCAGAUCUCAUGCUGCUUGCCAUUCCGUUCUUCAUCAUCCCGAGGCUACAACUGCCUCUGGUGCGCAAGCUGAUGAUUAUGGGCGUGCUCUGUCUGGGAGUGUUCGACAUCAUGGCUGCGGUCAUGAACAGAUAUUACAACUUCUCGCAUCCGAACAGCGUCGUCUACCUGCGAUGGUAUGCCGGCGAAGUCGGCACUGCAAUCUACGUCGUCAACAUCCCCGCCUGCCGGCCACUACUGCGAAGGAUCCUCCAGAAGGCAGGGUUCACCGCGACCGAGACACGAUCUAGCGACCUCCGAUACAAUAGCGAUCCGCAGUAUGGCUCGAAACAUCACAGCAGACGGUUCCACGCCGGCUUCUCGUCAAGUGACAAGAAGCCAACAGUUGCGGACGACGAGGUCCAUCUGGCUGAUAUGCGCCAUGACCGCUGGACUUUUCAAGGGCCUCAAUAUGGUCAGGGGCCUCAGAGGCAAUCCAGUUGGCGUUCGGAGAACGAGGAAGAGCAAGUGGUGCCCGAAGGCGCGAUCAGGAAGACGAUGAAGGUCAUGCAACACCGAGAGUGA